CCUGUCCUCAUCCUCGCCGUUGCUCGCCAAACUAUCGUGCGUUCCUGUGUAUAAGAAGUUGUCUCUGCUGCCGUGCCUCGAAAGCAGCCCACUUCUACCUCCAUUCACGUCCCUGUCCCAUUCAGUGACCUGCCCUUGACCCACCUCCAUUUCACGCCAUCUUUGUUCACACAGCAAGCGUUUACUACUCAAGUCAAUUACAGAACUCCUCUCACUAAGAAACAGCAGACCUAAGUCAAGAUGGGUAUGCGCUAUAGGCAAUACCUUGCAGGAGCACGCAUAUACGGGUGCUCAACAUGUCGCACACACCUGGCAACCAUUCAUUCGAUGAUCUCUCGUGCGUUCAACGGUCAGCACGGACGAGCCUAUCUGUUUGAUACCGUAGUCAAUGUCACAGAGGGUGAACCCAGUGAGCGCCAAAUGACUACGGGUAACCAUACUGUUCGCGACAUCUACUGUGUUAAAUGUGGUACUACUUUGGGAUGGAAAUAUGAUUUCGCAUAUGACUUGACGCAGAAGUACAAGGAAGGCAAAUUUAUCCUUGAACGUAAUCUGCUUGUGGACGUACAGUGACCAUUGUAGCGUCGCGUUCCCGACGCCGCCAUCGGUCCUCCGCACAUGCCAAUCGCCUCCAAUCCGUCCGGUUAACUAUCAGAUCUACGAAUAGCCCGUCUUGCAUCAAACAGCGACUAGCGCCGCGCGCUCGCCAUAUGAUCGGCGGCAUUUUCCUCCUACGCCCUUAUUCAGCCAGUGGCUUACCCGUCAUCCAGCACACAUGCAGCCAACGCAAUUUCCUUGAGAUAUUGCGCCCUGUCUGAUUUAAUAAUCCCCCGCAGAUAUCCGUAAUAUCUUGCCGGCGUAAUUCGGUUGCUUUUAACCACGAUGUUCUGGGAUUCGCAUGGUCCCAGCCCUAGAAGCCUCAACGCUCGUACUCACGAUCGAUCGUGCUUGCAUCCGCAGCAAAUGAGCAAAUUAAGCUCGAUUGUAUGUAGCACCUCGCAGUUCGAUGGCCUGCGAUUGUCUUCUCAACCCCGCGCAAUUUAGCCGUUGCUAUACAUUUACUCGACGUUCCC